AUGGGCUCCCAACCUAACCCGCCCACCAUAGAGGUCAACGGUCUCUCCUACAAAUUUCCCGAUGGCAGUACAGGACUCAGCAAUAUCAACCUCUCCCUCCCCGCUGGCUCCCGCACUCUGUUGAUCGGCAGCAACGGCGCCGGCAAAACCACUCUCCUGCGCCUGCUCUCCGGAAAACGCAUGUCCCCAGCCUCUACAGUCUCCAUCGCCGGCGUUGACCCCUUCGCCGCAGGCCUCGAAGGCGUCACUUACUUGGGAUUGGAAUGGGCCUUUCCGGAGCGUAGGGAUGAGCUGGUGAGGGUGCUGGACAUCGACUUGCGCUGGCGGAUGCAUACGGUCAGCGACGGGGAGAGGCGGCGGGUGCAACUCGCGAUGGGCCUGGUACGCCCGUGGGAUGUGCUUUUGUUGGACGAGAUCACGGUCGAUCUGGAUCUUUUGUCGAGGUCGAGGUUUCUGGAGUGGCUGAGGGAGGAGACAGAGCGAAGGGGGGCGACGAUCGUGUACGCAACGCAUAUCCUAGAUAACCUGGUUGGAUGGCCAAGUCAUCUGGUGCAUAUGGCGCAAGGAAGGGUGAAGGAGUGGGGUAAAAUGGAGAAGUAUGAGGCGGUGAGUGAUGAGUAUAGCAAGAGUGGGAACAGUAGGUUGGGCGAAUUGGUGCUGAAGUGGCUGAAGGAGGAUUUGGAGGAGAGGGGUCCGAGAGGUGGAAAAGGUGAAGGUGCAGCGUAUCAAGACUUGGACGGACUAGGUGGGUACGGGAUGGAGAAGAGGCCGGAAUAG